UUAAGAUUUGUUCCCCCACAUGGCAGCUAGUUUCCUUCUCUUAUCUCUCAUGUUAGUUCUCUACAGGCUUUCCGACUUCCUCACAACACAUUCCUGGAAAAGAGAGGGUGGGAACAGAAAUACUACAUAAACCCUCUCUCUGUCGCUUCACAUUGCCAUUGUGCCUAGAGUAACAGGCAAGCCAGAACCCUUCUGGUUUUACACACUGCAUACAAAUCUUCCCUGUUUGAUUAGAGCAAACCUUUGCUGCCAGGAAAUCAGGCUUUCUGGGGUGUGGAAGAGGCAAUAUGCUGGAUCAGAUUCAUCUGCUGGCUGCUGUCACAAUUCUGGGAGUCCUGGAGCAAGCCUACUUCUUCCUCCAGGUGAUCUAUGCUAGGCGGAUGUUUGGCAUUUCUCCUCCAAAGAUCUCAGGCCCACCUGAAUUUGAAAGGAUCUUUCGAGCACAGGUGAAUUCCUCUGAGUAUUUUCCCAUUUUCCUGGCACUCCUGUGGCAGGCUGGCCUCUUCUUCCAUCAAGUUGCAGGUCUGGCCGCAGCCUUGGGUCUGCUCUAUCUCUGCUCUCGCUACUGCUACUUUAUGGGAUAUAGAGCGUCGUCUUCAGAAAGGCUUGCCCCCAUAUAUUUUGGCACCGGAGUUCUCUGGGUCCUCGUUGCAGUGGCAGCUGUGGGCCUCUCGCACUUUUUCCUCGCUCACUAUGUGGGGCUGAACAUCCUGCGGCUGCUCACCGCGUGACACGUGCCUCGGCUCUCGGAGGUGUCCGCUCCGAGUCCUGCUCCCCCUGGCCUCACGGUAACAGGCUGGCUGCACCUGGUAUUGCCCCCAGUGACAAAUGCACCCUUGCCAGAGUUUUCAUAAGCUCCUUCCCUGCUGCUCAGCACUGGCAAGAAGCACUGAGAUACUUGGGAGGUAUUUUUCCCCCACAGCACUAUUUAUGCCAAGUGCUCCAUGUCUGAGCAACACCUAAGCCAGGCAUUUGUCUGAAACCACCUGUGGGCUGGAGCGUAACAAGAGAGAUGAGGGAUGAACGGGGUGGCCACAAACAUAUUAACGGCUGUGCUGUGCGAAGCACCAGCCUGCAAAUCGACAGCACCAAAGAGAGUUUGUUAAUGCCGCUAUAAUGGUUGUUAAUACUGCCCACGGAUGAUACGGUAAAUCAGACUGAGCAAACCUGUAACCACUACUGCAUAUAUAAUUUUGAAUAUUCCUGAGCCACAGCAUGUAUGACACCUACUGCCAAUAAAAGGCACUAAGCUUGC